AUUACAGUGUGCGACAGAGACAGGUGAGAUGGCGGCGCAUGAGACUCCAGCAGCACAGCAGUUGUCCGUAAGCAACGGAGAGGUGAGCAGUAAUGGGGCAGCUGCCUCAGGUCAGGUGGCUCAGACCGUUGCGACUGCCCAGGACCCCCAACAACAACAACAGCAGCAGCAGCCCAAUGCUUGGCAGGUGAUUAAAGGUGUUCUCUUCAGGAUUUUUAUCAUCUGGGCUAUAAGCAGCUGGUUCCGGAGAGGUCCAUCAACUCCAGAUCCCAACACUCCUGCUGGAGCUCCACGAGUGCCCAGCCGCAACCUCUUUCCCAAGGACACGCUUAUGGAUCUAUAUGUAUAUAUCUCUGAGAAUGAGAUAUUUACAGAUUUCAACAACACAGAAGCCCUGUUCUGGUUCCAGCAAGAUCUGAUUUAUGGUGACUGGACCACAGGAGAUUUGGGGGAUGGCUGCUUUGAGCAUUACAAAGAGCUGGACCUCUCUGAGAGUGUGAAGCAGAACGGCUCUCUGUAUAUGCACAUUUAUUUCACCAAGAGUGGUUUCCAUCCAGACCCCAAACGCAAGGGACAGUACCGCAGGCUAGCCACGGUUCAUGCCACUCGAAUGCUCAACAAGUACAAGCGGAGGAAGUUCCUCAAGACCAAGAACCUGUUGACGGGAGAGACGGAAGCUGAUCCAGAAAUGAUCAAGCGAGCAGAGAGUCACGGGCCUGUGGAGAUCAUAUCCCAUUGGCAUCCCAACCUCACCAUCAACAUUGUGGAUGAUCACACAGCUUGGGUGAAAGGCUCCGUCCCUCCUCCCCUGGACCAGCAUGUGAAGUUUGAUGCAGUGAGUGGAGACUACUACCCCAUCGUUUAUUUCAAUGACUACUGGAACCUGCAGAAGGACUACUACCCCAUAAACGACUCCCUGCAGAAUCUACCUCUUCGACUCAACUACUGUCCCCUCUCAUUGUGGCGCUGGCAGCUGUAUGCUGCUCAGAGUGCUCGCUCACCCUGGAAUUUCCUGGGAGAGGACACUUACGAGCAGUCAGAUGAGGAUCAGGAUUCUGUUAAGGUGGCUCUACUUGAGACCAACCCUUAUCUCCUGGGCCUUACUAUCGUAGUUUCCAUCGUCCACAGCAUUUUUGAGUUCUUGGCCUUCAAAAAUGAUAUCCAGUUCUGGAACAGUCGUCAAUCUCUUGAGGGGCUCUCCGUGCGCUCCAUCAUAUUUGGGGUGUUCCAGUCUCUGGUGGUGCUGCUGUAUAUCCUGGACAAUGAAACCAACUUUGUGGUCCAGGUCAGCGUGUUUAUCGGACUGCUCAUCGACUUCUGGAAGAUUACCAAAGUUAUGGACGUCAGGUUGGACAGAGAGAACAGGAUUGCUGGAAUAUUCCCACGUUUGACAUUCAAAGACAAGUCCACAUAUGUGGAGUCUUCAACCAAAAUCUAUGAUGAUAUGGCCUUUAAGUAUUUGUCCUGGCUGUUGUACCCUCUCUUUGGGUGCUAUGCAGUUUAUAGCUUAUUAUAUGUGGAGCACAAAGGCUGGUACUCAUGGGUGCUCAGUAUGCUUUAUGGGUUCUUGUUAACCUUUGGUUUCAUCACCAUGACACCACAGCUCUUCAUCAACUACAAGAUGAAGUCAGUAGCCCAUCUUCCCUGGAGGAUGCUCACCUACAAGGCCCUGAAUACCUUUAUAGAUGACUUGUUUGCCUUUGUCAUCAAGAUGCCAAUGAUGUACAGAAUAGGUUGUCUCAGAGAUGAUGUGGUAUUCUUCAUCUAUCUAUACCAGCGCUGGAUUUACAGAGUGGAUCCUAACCGUGUCAAUGAGUUUGGGACCAGCGGAGUUGACCCAAACAAAGACAGCUCAGCUCAGCCAGCAGAUGCCAACACAGCCGCUGCCAUCACAGAUAAAUCAGAGGGGGAGAAGAAGAAUGAUUAAUUCCUUUUAACCCCCACCCUUACCUUACCUAGUCUUGUGAAGGUGUUUUAAAGCAUAUUCAAGGCUGAGUUCAUGUUUAAUUGUCAGGGAAGCGAACUGGAUUAAUGGUAUUACGUCAAAGACUGCAAGAAAAACAAAGUUCAGUUCAACUUUCCUCCUUUGUGUGGGAUCCACAGGAAUAAAAUAAUAAUAUUUAAUGUAGACUUCCUAAAAUCUUUUUCUUUUUUUAUUUUUUUUUUCCCAAUAUCCCAUAUGUUUGCAGUCAAAGUGAAGUAAAAUGUGAUGUACUGUAUUGUAUAUUUUUGGGUUGGUAACACUAAUAAUUUGAAGGGUUAGGUGGUCCAUAAUUAAUCCAUCGGCUGGAGUGAAUAGGGCGAUUGCAGUACAUAUCUUUGUUCUUUUUGUUUUUUUGUACAAGAGAUUGGAAUAGAGGCCAAAUGGAGCCUCACUGUUCUGAUUCUGUGUACUUUGUUUAUUUUCAUUCCAUGUGUGAAGGGGUACCAGGAAACAGUUGUGUAGUGUAGAACGGAAGAGGACUGGAAAGACUAGCUAAUUCUGUUCAAACGCAACACAUGCAAGACAGAGACUUUCCACGUUUUUAAAAUAAUUGAUGUUUUAAACUUGAACAAAAAUAAAGAAAUAACAGCCUUGUAGGUAUUAAUAUAUAAUUUUAUUAUUAAUAUCUAUGAUUGUGAUUUUUCUUUUUUUUCCCCUAAAUUUUUUUUGUAUGUCCUAAAACUGUACAGCAUCCCAGCUUGUAACACUUAAAUCGUGCUGAUGUUAAACUGUUUAUCAAUAGCUGAAUUGCCAGUCCUCUAACUGAGAAGUUGUUCUAUUACAUUCACACUCCGAAGCUGGACCAUCAUGUGCCAUGUGCCCAGUUUGACUCGACUUGAGUCCAAGAACGCGUGAGAAGAAAUGCCUGCUUUGUCCUUUUUCUUUUUUUUUGGGUGCUGUAAUACUGAAUUGAUUGGGCUUUUAUUUUGAUACGUUUAAAAUUUGAUCACUCAUGUUUAUAGUAAAGCAUAAGUGCAGUUUAAAGCGGAGACUGUUUUAUUCUUGUCUCAAAAUUUGUUUUUGCAAGAAACAUUAAAUGUAUCAAAUGCAAAUGGUCAUGCCAAGAUAUUUAAAAAAAAAGUACCCACUUCAAAUUAUGAAAGAAAAAUAGUUAAACAAAAGCUUUGCUUUCCAUGUCGAACCAGAGUACAUAAUAUGUAUGUGAAAUGUUCUGCUCGAUGGUUUAGCAUGGAUCUCUUUUGCCAAGAUAUAUUUGUGGUUAUUGUCUGUGCAGAAACUUUUGGCACUGCGUCUUUUGUUCAUAUUUAUAUAUUUACAGUCUAAUAAUAUUUUAACAACAUGAUUGAGCAGAAGCUCUGCUUUAUCUUCAAAACACAGAUUUCAUUAGAACAGAUGUGUUGAAUGAAAUCCAUUGCCUUUAUUUAGUUUUGCCUGUGGAAGUCUGCAUUAUUUUGGGUGUUUUAUAAUGAAGCAAUAUGAGCAUGGUUAUAAAAAGAUGAUUAAAUUAUGAGCAAUGGGAAAUAGUUAUUUUCUAUGC